CCUACAGGGUCAGGAGUCAGAGUUAGGGUUCUCCCCGCAGCUGCACCUUCAUCCUAACUUCCUGCCGCGGCGCCGAGUUUCAGUUUCACUUCCACCUACCCUCUCGCUGGGGCCGUACUGCCGCCGCUAUGCCCCACAAGUACAGUCUCCGGCAGCUCCGUGAGAUCGGCCAGUGCUUCGAGAAUUUCCUUCACGUUCAGGGACUGGACAUGGAGACAAAUCGCGAGCAGCUGCGCACCAUCUAUAACCAAAACUUCAAGACCAGCUUCGGGAAAUCCACCCCUGGCUUCUCCUCCAUGCUGUAUGGAAUGAAGACUGCCAAUCUGGCCUACGUCACCAAGACUCGGGUCAGGUUCUUCAAACUUGGCCGGUGGGCCAAGGUGUCCGAUAUCAGCAUGGAACACAAGUCACUGCUCGCCAAGAUCUUUCAUGACAGGGCUGAGUAUCUCCACGGGAAACACGGUGUAGAUGUGGAAAUCCAGGGGCCCCAUGAAGACCGGGAUGGGCAGCUCCUUAUCUACCUGGAUUUGGACCGCGAGGUGGUGCUGACCUUGCGGCUUCAGAAUGGAGGAACCCAGCCUGUCACCCUCACCCACGUCUUUCCGCUCUUCCGGAGCCCCCAGUUUACCUUCUACUAUGGACACCAGGCGCUGCCUUGCUCACUGGGCCCCGGUGAGUGCUAUGAGCUCCGCGUCCACUGUCACACCACCUUUGUGGGCUACUUCCCCGCCACGGUGCUCUGGGAGCUGCUGGGACCCGAGGAGCCAGGUUCCAAAAAAGCUGGCACUUUCUACAUUGCUCGCUUCUUGGCUGCGGUCGCCCACAGUCCCCUGGCCGCUCAGCUGAGGCCCACGACGCCCUACAGGCAGACCCGGAUCACUGGCAACCCUGUCAUGACCACUCGGAUCGAGGAGGGAGAGAGACCUGACCGCUCUAAGAGCUAUGAUCUGGAACUAACUUUGCCGCUGAAGAAGUACAACCCACCCUCCCACCUCCGGCAGCUGCUCCCCCAACUUCAAGGAACAAAUAUCUUCACUGCCCCAAAGAAGAUUGCCGAAAUCAAGGCCCAGCUAGAGACAGCCCUGAAGCACACAAACUACGAGAUGAAAUUCCGGCUACUACUGCACCUGGAGGAGCUGCAGAUGGAGCACGACAUCCGGCACUAUGACCUGGAGUCGGUGCCCAUGACUUUGGACCCCGUCGCCCUGAGCCCCAAGCUGCUCACGCUGGAGGUUCCUGGGGUGGCCGAGAGCCGCCCUUCGGUGCUCCGGGGAGACCACCUGUUUGCCCUCUUGUCCUCUGAGGCUCAUCAGAAUGAUGCUGUCACCUACAAGGGCUUUGUGCACCGGGUGGAACUGGAACGUGUCAAGCUGAGCUUUCCCACGAGCCUCCUGGACCGCUUUGUGGAUGGGCUGACCUUCAAGGUGAAUUUCACCUUCAACCGCCAGCCCCUGCAGGCGCAACAUCGUGCCUUGGAGCUGACGAGUAGCCAUCCGCUGUGGCCCACGCUCUUUCCGAAGGCUUCCCGUGGGGUUCCGCUGUCCUCAAAUGUGAAGCUCACGCUAUAUGAUCGGAAUCUGGAGUCAAACCCAGAGCAGCUCCAGGCCGUGAAGUCUAUUGUUGCGGGCACCACCCGUCCGGCCCCCUACAUCAUCUUUGGGCCUCCAGGCACCGGCAAGACUGUCACUUUAGUGGAAGCCAUCAAGCAGGUGGUGAAGCACUUGCCCAAGGCCCACAUCCUGGCCUGCGCCCCAUCCAACUCAGGGGCUGACCUCCUCUGUCAGCGGCUCCAGACCCACCUGCCCAGCUCCAUCUAUCGCCUCCUGGCCCCGAGCAGGGACAUCCGCAUGGUGCCUGAAGACAUCAAGCCCUGCUGCAAUUGGGAUGCAGGUAAAGGGGAGUACGUGUUUCCCUCUAAGAAGAAGCUGCAGGAGUAUCGAGUCCUAAUUACCACCCUCAUCACUGCCAGCAGAUUGGUCUCGGCCCAGUUUCCCAUCGGUCACUUCACACACAUCUUCAUCGAUGAGGCUGGCCACUGCAUGGAGCCCGAGAGCCUGGUGGCCAUCGCAGGGCUGAUGGAAGUCAAGGAAUCAGGCGAUCCAGGAGGACAGCUGGUGCUGGCAGGAGACCCGCGGCAGCUGGGGCCUGUGCUGCGUUCCCCACUGGCCCAGAAGCAUGGCCUGGGGCACUCACUGCUGGAGCGGCUGCUGACCCACAACUCCUUGUACAAGAAGGGCACCAAGGGCUAUAACCCCCAGUUCAUAAUCAAGCUGCUGCGCAACUACAGGUCUCACCCCACCAUCCUGGACGUUCCUAACCGGCUCUAUUACGAAGGGGAGCUGCUGGCCUGUGCCAACGUUAUGCAGCGGGAGCGCUUCUGCGACUGGGACGGUCUGCCUCAGCUGGGCUUUCCCAUCAUCUUUCACGGCGUAAUGGGCAAGGAUGAGCGUGAGGGCAACAGCCCAUCCUUCUUCAACCCUGAAGAGGCUGCCACAGUGACUGACUACCUGGAGCAGCUCCUGACCUCCCCAUCCAAGAAAGGCAAAAGCCACCUGAGCCCCCGACACGUGGGCGUCAUCUCCCCCUACAGGAAGCAGGUGGAAAAAAUCCGGGAGUGCAUCACCAAACAUGACAAGAAGCUUCGGGGACUGAAUGACAUCAAGGACUUGAAGGUGGGCUCCGUGGAAGAGUUCCAAGGCCAAGAGCGCAGCGUCAUCAUCAUCUCCACCGUGCGGAGCAGCCAGAGCUUUGUGCAGCUAGAUCUGGACUUCAGCCUGGGCUUCCUCAAGAACCCCAAGAGGUUCAACGUGGCUGUGACCCGGGCCAAGGCUUUGCUCAUCGUGGUGGGCAACCCGCUCCUCCUGGGCCACGACCCCGACUGGAAGGCAUUCCUGGACUUCUGUAAAGAAAAGGGGGGCUAUACCGGGUGCCCCUUCCCUGCCACACUGGAAAUGGAGCAAGGACAGAACUUACUGAAAGAUCUGAGCAAGCUCAGCUCCUCUACCUCAGGGCCCCAAAGUCACAACUGCCUCUCCCAGGACCUGGAGGGUGAAGGCAACCUGCCCCUGCAAGUGGAGCCACAGUGGAGGAACGAGCUCUGAAGAGAUGCAGCGUUACCUCUCCUCCUCGCCGCCCCCGCCCUGCUUCAGACCCCAGCUUAGCAGAACCCCACCCCAGGAGAAAAUGAAAAAUCAAGAUACCGACUGGAGGCAGAGAGGAAAAACUGAAAAUGUCUUUCUAUAUAAAAGCAUCCAUGUCUUCUUGGCCUGGCACCUGCUUCCAGAGCCCCCAAGCCAACCCCACAGAAGAAGAGGGGACACUACUGAGAGCCAUACCCCUCCCCCUAGCGAGGAACCCAGCCCCCACAACCAGGAGAGGAAACCCAGUGGGAGGUGGCAGGGAAGCCACCCACAGGCUUCUAAGUUUAGCCCCGGCUCCAGACCACUCCCCUCGCCCGCCUCCGAGGCCCAGAGCCAGGCAUGACCUCAUGCUUUGCUGCCAGACUCCACCCUGCCUGCCCAGAGUCCUUCCUUUGCAAGUGGGAUGGGGGGCCCGCCUGCUAAGUGACUUGGGAAAGAGGAGAGAUGGGAGUAAGGCUCCAGGCCAAGACGGACCAGGAGAGAAAGGAAGCUGCCAU